AUGGACACUUCUACAGCUGGAUUUGGAGCGUUAAGUAUCGUUCCUCGUGAGAUACGGGACGAGAUCUAUCAGUACGCUUUGACUGACGACGUCGUCUACAUAUGCCCCACCUGGGUCAGCAAGAAAAAGACAACACCUACCUGGGCCUCCAGAUCACUGCUUCAUCCAAAAACGAAGACCUUCGCGUCCUUCAAGCCUAGCUUACGCACCACUAUCGUCAAUAUCGCCAUCCUGAGAGCCUCGAAAUCAAUUUACAAUGAAGCACGACACUAUGUCUGCUCCCACGCAAAUUUCACCUAUUUCUUCGAUUACCCCACUCAUUUCAUCCCUCCGCCAUUUUCAAGGCUUACAGCAAGCGUACUGCCACAGCACGUCACGAACCUCACUAUCUGGGUGACCGUACGAAAGAACAGCACACGUGCUUGGAGACUAGACGGUGCCGGACAGAAGUUCGCGCAACAGGAACCGUGGCUGGAUUUCUUUGGACCACUACUAGGCACAGACGUUCAACGGAAGACAUGCACAAUCAAGUUGGAAGUCGAACAAGACGGUGGUCCCGCAAAUUUCGACAGACUGAUACUCAGCUCGCCGCUCGGUAUUUUUUUGAAGGAGUUCGUUGGCUUUCGGGACCUUUACCUCGUACUUGCGCACGAACUACCCUAUAAUCUAUACAAAGGCUCUUUCUCCACCGUGGGCCUUGGGGAAGAAUACCGUCAUAGAGCCUUGGAAAGAGAGCCCAUCGUGAGAGCUAAUGAUGAGGCAGUUCAUAAGCUGGUGCGGACUUUCCGAUCGUCUUUAGGAUUAGGGCACUAUAUGGAGGCAGAUCCUAAUGCAUGGCGCAGAGACCCUGCAAUGAGCGAGCCGUUUCUGUAUGAGACGGCGCUUCACGCUGCUCCACUGCUUCACCAACAGCAUCCCGAGACUGUCAAGUGGAAUCGCAAGGAUGCGGAAGUACAUGGUAAGAAGAUGUGGGAUCGCCUGGGACGAGGGGCUCAG